AGAAAAUGAUGCGUCAUUUUGUUGCAUUUUCACUGCUGUUAUUCGUUUUGGAAAUCUCAGUCGAGGCAUAUGUGUAUGUACCGAACUAUGACCUUUGCUUCACUUUUAUCGGUGAUUCUGCAUGCAGAUCACGUUGCUUGAGAAAAUUUAAUUGCCGAAACGGACACUGCAAAAAUGUACCAACAAUCAAUAGAAAGACAUGUUUCUGUGAGGAUUGUCCCGGUGGUCAAAAGACGAAGGAACUCUCUGGAUUCUGAGCUUUUUGCGCAUGAUACCAGUAUAAAGUUAUUAUGAUGCGA